CCUCAACAACACUCAUUCUCCCAUCACCGGCACCACGUAACCUCACUCCGUCUCUCAACAUGCAAGGACAGCAGAAACUCGUCCCUUUUGUCCCCCCAGCGCCUGUGGGCAUUCCUAUUGCUGCAGUGCAGAGCCUCGUGCCCCAACUUGCCACCACUAUCAACGAUAUCGACACACUCAAGACCCAGCUCAGUGCGGGGAAUGUGAACGCGACGUUUCCCAGCUGGGAUACCCUUCUGCAGCGCUACACCCUCCUCCUCUCCCGUGUCCAGUCUUUGAGCAAGUUCAUCUCCACCCCGCCACCCAAAGGGACAGAACCCGCUCUCGCGCACUACCUCGUACACCCGCUGCGCCCCCUCGCUCCCGAUGCCGACCAGUUGGCACAAGACGUACUAUUUCAGGCGAUAAACACCCAGACGCUACCCAUGCCGGAAUCAGAGAGCGUGCCAGGAGCCCGCGGGAUGUUGGGUCUGGACACCCUGCGCGGACUUGACGAGGGCGCAUUGCAACGCCACACCGAUCGCCUUAAGGCUCGGCUGGGGCGAGAGAGCCAGCGCGCGCGCGGGAUGAUGCGCGAGAUUGAACGACGCGGGGAGGAGUACGACUGGACGUAUCGCCCGGGAGAAGAAGAGGAAGAGGAGAAGGAGGAAGAAGAGGAGGAGGAAGACCUCUUUGGAGAUGACGAGGAGGAAGAAGAGCAGAAGGCGGAGCCACUAGCACCAAACCCCCGCGAAGGGUGGGGUGUUGCGGACUACUUGGUUUUUCUUGAGACCGGGAAGGCCAAGGCGCCCGAGGCGGCACCCGCAGAGGGAGCAUCAGCGGCGCCGGUCUCCGCUCCUGGAGCGACGGCGGCGCAGGCGACUGCAUUGGCGACGGCGUCUGCGUAGAUACUGAUGCAGACUUGUAUUUGUCGC